UAUACAUAAUGGCAGGCCUGCCUCGGACGCGCGCAGCCCCCCGGCUCGACAUCGCUUCUUCUCCCCCUCUUCCAUAACCUCCAGCAAACCUUCUACCAUCUAGGCCGCCGCUUGCUUGAAUGGGCGAGCAGGUCACGCCCACAACCUGGGCCGCAGCCUAAAGCGAAUUCGUCAAAAUGCCUGAAGUCGGUCCCGGUGGCGUGGCGGUUCUGGUCUCCCAAUGGUUGCUUAUAUCCAUAUCGGCCGCCAUAAUCGCCGCCCGUCUAUGGCUACGAGUUGUGGUACAGCGGCGUCGCCUAUGGGCCAGUGAUAUCCUCAUGUUCCUGGCCUGGCUGGCUUCUGUCGCGACGGCCGCAUCCGACAUCGUUUUCUUCAGGAUGGGCGCGCUCGAGCCUCACAUCGACACUUUCCUCCGACAAUACGAAGGCAAUGUAGAGGAUGUGAUAUUGAUCUUAAAGCUCUUCUGGAUCAGCUUCAUACCGUUCUACCUGACCUUUUAUCUGUGCAAGGCCGCCCUGCUCGCGACCUUCCUGCAGCUGUUCCCCCGGUUCAUGAAGCGCCGCCGACUCGCACUCUGGUGCGUCGCCUGCUACACGGCCGUCUGCUUCGUCGUCUCGAUCCUCUACCUCACCACCGGGUGCCUGCCCGUGGAGCGCAACUGGUCGAUCGGGGAGGACGCCUGCCCCACCGAGUUUACAGGCACGUCGUUCAGGCUGGCUUGGGCGCUGCACUUCUCGAGCGACGUGUUCAUCUUCGCGCUGCCAUGGAUGAUCCUGCACGAGAUCCAGAUGAAGCGGACCAUGAAGGCGGGCAUCUACUGCACCUUUCUGCUCGGCCUGCUCAACCUGACCAUCUGCGUCGUCCGCUUCGCCACCAUCCAGGGCGCCGGCAGCGACCAGUCGGUGCCGCUGAGCCUGGUCGACCUGUGGAGCAGCCUUGACUGCAACAUCACGCUCGUCAUCGCCUGCCUGCCGUCGCUGCGCCCUUACUUCCGCUCACGCAGGACCCUCAUGGGCCCCUCGGACAGGUACGCGGGAGGCAAGUACGGCGGCGGCUCGACCUCGGUCCGGAAGUCGGCGGCGCCGGCGCCCGGCGGCAUGUCCAAGCGCGGGUUCGAGUCCCUAGACGAGGAGAGGGGCGCCGGCGCCCUCAGCCCGACGCCGCCCGGCAGCAUGGGCGGAGUCAUGCGCACCACGACCAUACACGUCCACCGCGAGCCGUCCGUCUUGUCCGAUAUCACGCCGGGCGGAAACUCGUGGCUGCAGGACGAGAGGGAAAAGAGCGAUAUAGAGCUGGUCGCCGUCAAGAAGCCAACGGCAGCAAGGGAAGAGGUUUAGUCAUUUAAUGGCCGUAAUAGUUUAUGAGUAUUUUCGAAUCUAGGAGCCUGGUGACCUGGUCCGAACUGACAUCUCUCUGUCAUAACUGUCACUGUAAUUGCCU